AUGGAGGCGUUGCUCUGCUCCGAGAUACCCAACAAGAUCAGAUCCUCCAUUAACGAUCUCUCUUCUUCUUCUUCUUCUUCUUCUUCUUCUUCUUCUUCUUCUUUUUCUUCUUCAUCAUCAUCUUCUUCAUGUAUAUGGCCAAGAAUCAUGACCUCUUCAUCUUCUUCAUCUCACACAAUCAUGGACAAACACAACAUUCCUAGACUAGACUGGGAUCUCUCUCUCUCCGCCGUCGUUUCUUCCUCAUCCACCGGCUCCGACGCCAUCGGAGCAAUCGAGUUCGACCCGAGCGGAGAAAUCUUGGCAACGGGAGGGAUCGCAAGAAAAAUCAGAUCGUAUCGUUUAGCCUCUCUGUUACGUAAUGACGACGACGAUCACGUCGUGGAGGAGAGCUGUAUCUGCACGCCGGCGAAGCUAAGCAGCCUUAAAUGGAGACCCGAUUUAUCCGGUCGGGUUAUCGGGUCAGGAGAUUACGACGGAGUCGUCACCGAGUACGACGUGGAGAAAGGAGUGCCUGUCUUCGAGCGAGACGAGCAUGGAGGUAGACGUAUAUGGAGCGUGGACUACACGCUCCAAAACGGAUCCGUUAUCGGCGCGUCGGGCUCCGACGACGGGACGUUUCAAAUGUGGGACCCAAGAAACGGAGGAUCAGAGGAAACGGUUAGGCCCGGUGGUGGAACGGCGGCGAUAUGUUCGGUAGAGUUCGAUCCGUUUGGUGGAUAUUUCUUGGCCGUUGGAUGUGCUGACCGGAAUGCUUACGUGUACGAUAUCAGGAGACUCGUUGACCCGGUGGUCGUAUUGGACGGUCAUACCAAAACGGUGACGUAUGCUCGGUUCAUGGAUCAACGCACGAUCGUCACCGGUUCAACGGACGGGAGCUUGAAGCUUUGGGAUGUAGCUAACGGAGGGCGCGUGGUUCGCACGUGCCGAGGUCAUGUUAAUAGCCGGAAUUUUGUCGGGUUGUCGGUUUGGGGACAGGGUGGUUUGGUCGUGUCUGGUUCGGAGAAUAAUCAAGUGUUUGUGUACGAUAAGAGGUGGGAAGAACCGGUUUGGGUGUAUGGUUUAGGUCAAACGGACCGGUUUGAGUCUGACCGGCGGUUCGUGAGCAGUGUGUGUUGGAGACAAGUUGAUGAAGAUUUGUGUACGCUUGUGGCUGGAGGAUCCGAUGGAGUUUUAGAGAUUUUCUCGGUCCAACGAAGCUAAUUUUUUUCUUUCUACUCAUGGAUUACAAACUUAUUUUCUGUUUGUUUUAUAAACGGUUUAUAUGAUUGAAUUGUUUA